AUGCGUCAUCAAUCUUUCGAGGUAUUCUCCAAGGGGUCUAUCCUGCUUGCUGCCUUUGCAGCAUUUGCGCCCCUGUGCGGAAGUUUCAGCGUCACUACCACCAGCGACGCUAAUGUCAUCGCCAAUGCCAUCUUCAAUGGGCCCGGGAUAACAGUUCUACAACCGACCUUUUCGGGAGCGGCCAUCAGCUCUGGGACAUUCACUGACGGCCUUGGUGGCGAUCACUACGUUAACAACGGCGCGGCCGGUUCUGACACAUACUGCGGUGCGAAUACAUUCAAUGCCGCAAUCCUGACUGUGGGUAUCGCCAUCGACCCCGGAUAUAAUGACGUCCAAUCGAGUUCAUCCUCGCAUCAGAAGAGGAGGGAUAUUGGAUCUCCUGAUCCUAUCGGCAUCUAUCUAGGCGGCCAACAGUAUGCCAGCGUCAAUGGCAACCGCGUUACGGCCAAAUCCAACCUCCUUGCGCAACCGAUCGGAAUCACGCCGCCAAACAGCGUCACGUCCUACCCGGGGUCAUCCCCUCCUCUCCUCGUGGGGAUCACUGCGUCCGGAUCCCAGACCAUGAUUGACUAUGUCACCAUAACCUCAAUUGUUGCCGCAGGACAGGAGUACACAUCGACGGUCAAGGCUUCAGGGACUGUCUCGGGUACUGUUACUAUUGGAGCGACAGCUACGACGACAUCGACUCUCAGCUCUUCAUCUAGUUCUUCCAGUUCUUCUUCCAGCUCUUCGUCUAGCUCUUCGUCUAGCUCUUCCACUACCGCUUCUUCCACCACCGCUUCUUCCACCACUUCCUCUACCGCUUCCUCUAGUUCUUCACCCAGCAUUACUUCCAGCUCUUCAAGUAUUAGUUCUUCAUCCAGUACUUCUUCAACUAUCACCACAGGUCAAAGUCCAACAAGUUCAACAACAUUGCCGAGUUCAACCCUAUCAACUUCGGAUCUUUUGACCACAAUAAGCUCACUUCCAACGAUGGCGUCCACAUCAGACACAACUUCUUCAAGGUUCAACUUCCGCCUUGCUUCCUCCCACAACCACGGCGCAAGCCUCAAUAAGCAGUCCAAACACCUCUCUGCCGUCUGUGUUGCCUCCAUCUAGCACCGAAGGAAUCUCAAUCUCCAGUCAGACAACAUCUUUAUCAUUGGAGAGCUCACAGAUUCUAGUCGGAACUCCGUUCCUUAUAACUGUGUUAGCUCCAACGGCCUCGCCUCCUGCUACACCAGGGGUCUGAUGAUCGAUUGCAUCGGCUCUUUAGGUAUAUUAGCUUUGAAACAAGCAGUGAAUGAGCAUACGAGUGGGGGGAGGGGCUCCGAGCCCGAAGUUGGGAACCGGAAGCAUGCAUUCGGUGCGAUCCGGAUAAUGCCUACAAUCCGGUCCUUUAUGAGUUUGCCUGUAGUUACUUCUAAUGCCCGG